AUGAAGUAUUUGAAGUACCUAGCCCCCUCGAAUACCGCUGCCAAACUGCUGAAGUGCUCACAUCCAAGAUGGCGAGCUUAGAUAUUCGACUGAAACGCGUGAACAAAAUAUUCCAAGAUGGGGAUCUCGUAAAAGGUGUAAUUGUGGUUCAGAGUAAAGGAGAACUGUCUCAUAAUGGCAUGACCCUUUUCAUGGAGGGAUCUGUCAACCUUCAACUGAGUGCUAAAAGUGUAGGUGUGUUGGAAGCAUUCUACAACUCACUCAAACCAAUACAACUUGUCAAUUAUACUGUUGAUAUACUCAAACCUGGAAAACUACCUAAUGGCAAGACUGAAAUUCCAUUUGAGAUCCCCCUCAAGCCUAAAGGAACAAGGCCUUUAUAUGAGACAUACCAUGGGGUGUUUGUGAAUAUUCAGUAUUACUUGAGAUGUGAAAUGAAAAGAUCAUUACUGAACAAGGAUCUUCAGUGUCAAGCAGAGUUUAUUGUGGAAAAUAAAAGCCAAGGAAAACCUGAUAAUAAACCCGUCUUAUUUACUAUAACUCCUGAAUCGCUAGAAAACAUAAAAGAUAAACCCAAAGUUCCAAAGUUCCUUGUAAAAGGCCAACUGGACACUGCUGUAUGCAGCAUUCUGAAGCCUAUUACAGGAGAGUUAACUGUGAUUGAGUCAGACACACCCAUUAGAUCCAUAGAGCUACAGCUGGUGCGAGUAGAGACGUGUGGCUGUGCUGAAGGGUACUCCAAAGAUGCAACAGAAAUACAGAAUAUCCAAAUUGCAGAGGGUGACGUCUGCCGGGGUCUAAUUAUACCACUCUACAUGAUUUUUCCUCGUCUCUUUACUUGUCCAACACUGGCCACGCCGAACUUUAAAGUUGAAUUUGAAGUCAACAUUGUCAUAGUUCUCAGCGAUGACAACCUGAUCACUGAAAACUUCCCAAUCAAGAUUGUACGUUAUUAGAUCAACAGGAGUUGAUGGAACUGUAUAAUGUAUUUGAUGAUCUCCUCCACGGGUACAAAAUCCGACGAUUCAUCAUAGUCGCCAUCCGAAUCCACGGAAUUCAGGUCCUCUUUGCCGCUGCCUUGAGCUGUCUUUGAAUGAGGAUCUUCAUCAUCUGAGUGGGUGACGUGAAGAAUGUCAUCAAAGCUGACCAAAUUAUACGCCAUUAUUAACCAAGUUCUCACGCAAGCCUCCGACUCUUGUCCCUUUCAGAAAUAUAAUGCAAUCCUUCCUCCUAAAAAGCUAAUAUUUCCCGGUUAAAGGCUUAUUCAUUUCCCUGGCAGCAAAAGCACUUGAUGCGUCGCUGCAUGCAUAGGUGAUUAAAUUUAAAGAAGUAGAAAUACAAACUUAUGAUUGUCAAAAUAUGUUUUUAAGUAAUUGAGUAAAAUUAUCUUGUUCAA